UUAGUGUCAAUUGUCAACUAGUCAGUAAUUAGUAAUGUCAAAAAAAGAGGUUAAUUGCAGAGAUAAAAAAUGAUUUUACAUUUAAUAUAAAUAUAUAUUUAUGUUUAUAAAUAAUAAUUAAAAAAUAUAUUAUUUUAUCGACUGAUUAAUUUAUUUAUAUUUAAAUAAUAUUGUAAAUAUGUCAGAUUCAGUAGAUAUUGGAAUGAGUGACAUUGCGAGUUGGAUUGCAUCUGGUGCUAUAAUAUUUGGCGGAAUAAUUCCUUACAUUCCACAAUACAGGGAAAUUAAAAAAAAUGAAGAUGCUGAAGGAUUUUCAUUGUACGUUUGUCUAGCUCUUUUAAUUGCUAAUACAUUGAGGAUAUUAUUUUGGUUUGGAAAACACUUUGAGUUACCUCUUUUGUUUCAAAGUAUUCUAAUGAACAUAACAAUGUUAUUUAUGAUUAAAUUAUGCGUCAGCAUUAAUACCAAAAAUCAAAUAAUAAAAUUAAAAGAUCGAGUAUUCACAGAUUUGGACAUUAAAUACUUUUGGAAAUGGACAGACUUCCAGUCUUAUUUGGACUUUGUAUUGCUAUUCGCCGCUGUCGGAGGAGUUAUAAUGUAUAUAUUUGUCGAUUACCCGAUAUUCGUUGAGACAGUCGGCCUAUUAGCAGUUUUAACUGAAGCAAUGCUUGGGGUGCCGCAGUUUUUACGCAAUCUUGAUAACAAAUCAACCGAGGGAAUGAGCAUAGUAAUGGUGACCAUGUGGACUGUGGGUGAUACAUUCAAAACAUGUUACUUCCUUCAUCGCGAAGCUCCAGUACAAUUUAGUAUAUGCGGAGCACUUCAAGUAAUUGUUGAUCUAGGAAUACUUUUACAAGUAUACAUCUACAGAAAUAACCCACCUAUAAGACCAGUGCUACGAACAGACUGACGAUAAGUCUGAUUUUAUUUAAUUGAUUAAUUAAAUAAUUAACUGAAUACUAAUUAAUAAUUUUUUCACUAAAAAACAAAA